AUGUCUUUCAAAGCUCUCUUCACUCUUACCGUGCUUGCCGUGUCCGCCUUUGCCGCUCCAUCCAAGAAGGUCACUUGCAGCGGUGGAAGGACGACUAGCGAUGCCAGCUGUUGCGUCUGGUUCGACGUCCUGGACGACAUUCAAGAGAACCUAUUUGACGGUGCUGAGUGUGGCGAAGAAGUGCACGAGUUGACGUUCCAUGAUGCUAUCGGAUUCUCCCCGAAGCUAUCCCGCCAAGGAAAGUUCGGCCUAGCACAUGCUCCACAUUUUGACAUCUUCGCAGACGGUUCUCUCAUGGCACAUACGGAGAUCGAGGCGGCCUUCAAUGCAAACAACGGUAUCGAUGACAUCGUCGAGGUCCAGAGGCCCUUCGCCAUCAAGCAUAAAGUAUCCUUUGGUGACUUCAUCCAAUUUGCUGGUGCGGUUGGUGUAAGCAACUGUGCUGGAGGCCCCCGACUUGAAUUCCUGGCUGGCCGUUCGAAUCACUCCAUCGCAUCCCCUGACCUCCUUGUCCCCGAGCCCAGCGACUCGGUGGAUGCCAUAUUGGCCAGAAUGGGAGAUGCAGGUUUCAGCCCAGACGAGAUCGUUGAUCUUCUUGCCUCGCACAGUAUCGCAGCAGCUGAUCACGUCGAUGAGAGCAUCCCCGGGACCCCGUUCGACUCUACUCCGAGCGCUUUCGAUGCGCAAUUCUUCUUGGAAGUGCUUCUCAAAGGAACGCUUGUGCCAGGAAAUGGCACCCACACCGGCCAGGCGCUUUCUCCUAUCCCUGGUGAAAUCCGCAUCCAAUCAGACUUCUUGCUUGCUCGCGACAGACGCACAGCCUGCAGGUGGCAAUCUUUCAUUGCUAAUGAAAGGCUCAUGGUUUCGCGAUUCGAAAAGGUCAUGUCGAAGUUAGCCACCCUUGGACAAGUCCGCUCCCGCCUCACCGACUGUUCCGACGUAAUCCCCGUUCCCCAAGUCCGACUCACCAAGCCCGUCACCAUUCCCGCUGGGAGAAGCAUGGCUGACGUGGAAGCUGCUUGUGCUGCCACCCCCUUCCCUGCUCUUUCUGCAGAUCCCGGUCCAGUUACUACUGUUCCCCCUGUGUGA